AAUUACACUCUUUGUUUUGCAGGAAGGACGUGGACAAACUUGCAGCCUGUCUACAGGAGCGUACAAGUUGUUCUCCAGAAAUGGCAGCUCAGGAAGAAUUCUUUGCGGGCAUUCCCAAGAUCCCAUAUGUACCCAGUGCUGGGCCAGGAGAUGUCAUGUGCUUCAAACACUACAAUGCAGAGGAGGUGCUGAUGGGAAGGAAGAUGGAGGACUGGUUGAGGUUCUCAGUCUGCUACUGGCACUCUUUCUGUGGAACUGGUGCUGAUCCUUUUGGGUUCCAGACGCUCCAUCGGCCCUGGAAUAAAGGGACUCCUAUGGAAUCAGCCAAGAGGAGACUGUGUGCUGCUUUUGAGUUUUUCACCAAGCUUGGUGUUAAAUAUUACACAUUUCAUGACAGAGACAUGGCUCCUGAGGGCUCCACACUGAAAGAGUCCAACAGAAAUCUGGAUGAAGUAACAGACCUGGCCCUCCAGUUGCAGAACCAGACUGGAGUCAAAGUGCUCUGGGUCACCUGCAACCUCUUUGCCCACCCCAGGUAUAUGAAUGGUGCAGCCACCAACCCUGACUGUCACGUUCUGGCCUAUGCUGGUGCUCAGGUCAAGAAGGGACUGGAUAUUGCCAAGAAGCUGGGUGCAGAAAAUUUUGUGUUUUGGGGAGGAAGAGAAGGUUUUCUUUCCAUCCAUAAUACUGAUGUCGCCGCUGAACUGAAGCACAUGGCCAACUUCUUCAAAAUGGCUCUUGAGUACAAAGAGAAGAUUGGGUUAAAGUGUCAGUUUCUCAUUGAACCAAAGCCUAAGGAGCCCUGCAAACACCAGUAUGAUUAUGAUGCCAUGAGUGUUAUAGGAUUCCUUAAGCAUUAUGGUCUGGAGAGUCACUUUAAGCUGAACAUUGAGCCCAACCACACCACCCUGGCAGGACACUCCUACGAACAUGAUAUUGUCAUGGCCUCUGCGUUUGGCAUGCUGGGUUCAGUUGACUCAAACACCGGCUCUCCUGACCUUGGGUGGGACACAGAUCAGUUCCCCAUGGAUGUCAGGAACACCACGCUGGUCAUGAAGACUAUCAUUGAACAAGGUGGUCUACAGCCAGGAGGCCUGAACUUUGAUGCUAAGGUGCGCAGAGAGUCCACAGACCUGGAGGACCUGUUCAUAGCUCACAUCGGAGCCAUGGAUGCCUUUGCAAGAGGACUCAGGAAUGCUGUGCGCAUCAUUGAGGAUGGGAUUAUCACUGGUAUGGUGAAGGAGCGAUACUCAAGCUUCAGUCAUGGUCUUGGACAAAAAGUGAAGGAUGGUUCUGCCACCUUAGAGGAGAUGGAGGCCUUCAUUGAGCAGAAUGGUGAACCCAAAGUCACAUCAGGGAAGCAAGAAAAAUAUGAAUCCAUCUUUAAUCACUACAUCUGAUAAAAACAUUACCUGCCUGUGUCUGAUAGUGAUGACUGGUCAUGAAACACAGGUGAGCAGAUCAACUCAAUGUUAGAAAUAUAGAGUGGCUGCGGUUAUGCAUGACUGCUGUUGUUCUACUAACUAAUAGAGUAUAAAUACUGAAUCUGAACACUAAGUACAAAGCUGAAAUGUUUAGGUAUUAGACAAACUGAGAAACAUGCUAAUUCAGUACAUUCUUAAAAUACGUGUGUCAGUGUUUAUCAUUAGUGCUAUAAAAAUCUCACCUGGCAUUUGAUGUAGGUUAUAUUUAUAUAGGCUAAUGACUAAUGUUGUUGUUGAUGUAUUAAAACACAUUUUCACAAUGAAGUUGA